AUGUCUCACACAGUGUCUUCGACAUGUAACGUGCCGUUCUACGACCGUCCACAAACUCCGCUCAAUCUUCUGCCAUACAUCGAAAAUGCUCAAGCACACACUCUCGUCAAGGAUGGAGAAGUGGAUCUUUCAUUGUUAUCUCGGGCGAACUUGUCUUUCGCCUUGAACUCGCUCAAUUCACUUUUCGUUCACUUCUCGUACAACACCACAGAAGUAGCUUUGGAGAAAAUCGAAAUGAGGUUGUGGUUGGACGCACGGUUCGACCUCCUCGGCGUUUCGCCGUUGUCAUCAGAUGUUUGGUCGCUAAGGGUCAUUUCGGCCGUUCGACCUCUCUUCUACACGUCGUUCAUCUGCAGACGCAAGAAGAAAACUAGCAGCUGGGACGGCUACGUUUUCGCUCUUCUGCUUCGAAUGCGUGGCUCGAUUUCCGAGAAUAAGAGAUUAUUGAGAAAUGAAGAAGGGGAUGAGGAGGUUAUCCAUAAAGUAGCCACAAAAUUCCGAGUUCUUCCGGAUUCCAUCUACGCGCUGGUUCCCGUAGCAAAGGUCUACGUGGAUGGAUCGGAAUUGCGCGGUAUGCAAAACAUCAAGGUGCAUAUGCACUUUGAGAAAUGGACCACGUUCGUCUCAUUCACCGUCUGGUACCCACAACUUCCCAUUACGCUAUGGCUCGGUGACGCGGUGUUGAACUCGAUUUCCGGUUGGCCUAUCACUGUCUGGAAAAAUCUUCAAGGUGACCGGCAUUACAAAGGUACUGCCAAGCAGUUCGCAUGUGGAAAUCGUUUCCAACAAACUGAGCUUCGAGUGUUUGCUUCGUUUCAAGUGAGCGACGAACGGACCGGAGAACGGAUGUACCUCAGUGGCCGGCGUGACGUGAUGUUCGACGUGACUUCAUUGGCAGCUGACAGAGUGGUAGUGAAAGCACAAACGCCGAACAUCGAGUUGGGCAGCGCGUUGAUGAUGGUGAGCACGGAGAUGGUGACCGUGCUGCGACUUGCAGCACUCCCAGUUGUCGAGAUGAACGUGAACAUCGAACCGACUGCCGGUAAGCGCUCCCAGUACGACGUCGUUGUCGCUGUCGACACCACAUUUCAUCACCGCUAUCAGCACGGAAGCUUCCUAUAUCAACUGUUUUACUCUGACGACACAGUGGAGUUUCUCGAUGAUGUCAGUAUCACGGAUUAUAUACUAUCAUCACAAAGCUCUGACGAACGAGUCUUGGCUUUGGCCCACAAGGCGCAGAACGGAGUCGACAUGAUCGCUCUGGACGAUCUAAGCGAUCCGCUGGUUGAGCUUGAACUUCGUCCACCUGUCCACUGCACUGAUAUCGAUGCGCUUCCGUUGGCGACGCUAAAAGUGGCGCUUAGGAUUCAAUUCGAUGGUCAGGACUCGAAUCGGCUAGCAGCUGUGCGAUACGCCACCAAUGCAACCUUGUCUCCACAGCUACCCGAAGUGGCAUCAAUCUGGAGGAUGGAUUCGGUGCUGGCUGUGAUCCUCAUUCUGGUCCUCUUCGUUGGAGUCAGCCGAUUCCUAACGAAGAAGGCCACGUACUUCAAGGGGUACGAGAAGUUGGUCGCUCCGCUGCUGUCGCGGCUUUCGUCUUCAUCUAGUGGUUGCGAACGUGACGAGGACUCGAAAGAGUGGGUAUGGCUAGGCAAAACCAGAAACGACACAAACAGCAUCGGUUCGCGCUGCUCUCAACCGUCCACCAUUAACGUCAUCGAGGAGUCGCCGCCAUCAUAUGACGAGAACACUCAGGCAAGCAUAUCAUAUCGUGGAUCGGAAAUCAGUGUGUUCAUAUCACCGACACCAGUUGUAACGGUAAGUCUCGUUUGGAAAACUCGAUACUACCGUAUGAUUCGAUCUUAA